AUGGCUUUCGAAGAUCUGCCGGUUUAUCAGCCCCCAGCAAGCAUCACGGCCAAGACCAUCAAACAGCCCUUUGGAGCUCUCAUGCCCGUGACUACGCCAAAGAGCAACAGCACCCCGUCCACCCAGCCCCGAGACCGCAACCUGAAGCUUAUCGACAGAAUGGAAGAGGCGCAGGGAAAGUACCGCGGUGUCAACGCCAUCCUCGAAGCUGCUUCGGCCAUCGACGCCAGGGAGAGUAACGCCCGCUUCUCGCCUCUCAAGAACGACCCGUCCCCCUCUUUUGGAAACCCGCGUGUCCCAGCCUCGGAUCCGUACCACGGUAUCGAUUUGCUCCUCAAGGCGGCUGGUAUGCUGGAGGCACGUGAGAGGCAGGAGGCAGCUAAGAGGCAGGAGGCAGCUGAGAGGCAGAAGGCUUUUGAGAGGUUGAAGGCAGCUGACAGCUGGGAGGGGCCCGCGGCUCCAGUCGUCGAGAAGCAGGUCGCAAAGAAGAACAAAGGUGCCAAGAAGGGGAAGAGGCAGCCUAAGCAAGGGCGUGAAGCUCCGAGUAUGUGGGACGUGGAAGACCAGCAAGAAGAGACCGAACCUCUCAAGAAAGAUCCGUUGUUGAAGGAGGCACCCUGGGAGCUAGUUUUUCAUGUCCAGCCAGAGGUUCAGGCCAACGCGAAGCCAGCAGAUGGUACCAUGCGACAAGACACUCCCAUGUCGGACUACCAACCUCCAGAGGCAACGACACAAGAUUUGUCGUCACCAUCGAGCUCCAGCUCCACCGUCGCAGCAUCCGAGAACCAAAGCCAGCGUUCCAGGUCCACAAAGUCAGGAAGCGUUGCCACAUCCGCACCAAGCAAGAAGCGCAAAACCGGCGUAGGCAAGCAGACCGCUUCCUCGCCAAAGAAGCCACGCACAGGCAGUGCUGCAUCCCGUAAGUGGACCGAAGAAGAGGAGGAGGAGGAGCUCAUAGGGCUCCGAAAUCCUGCUCGAGCCGGCGGAGCGGUGCCAUACAAACAGGUUGCCAGAAUCCUGAACCGUGGCUCAACUACUGCUUGUCGUAUAAGACUUCACUACUUGAUGGUGAAUGGGCGGUUGCCAUGGACUCAAGAUGAAGAGCAGAAGGCAGUAAGGCAGGAGUCAGAUGAGGGAAGGAGGUGA